GCAUGCUUUCGGGAUGGAGCACACACGGUCUGAUGGGAUGUCCGAUAUGCAUGGAGAAAUCAGGUGCCAACUGGCUCAGUUACAGCAAAAAAGGAAGUUACUUUUUUGACUUCACAGUGAAUUCCGAGCUUCUUUAUCAGCCUUUCCUGAGAAUGAAAUAGAUGCGUUGGUGGACUCUGAUUUUGUAAAUUGGUACAAGUAUCAGAUCAAUAGUCGUGGGAUUGUCGACCCUUUGUUAGUAUCAUUAGCGUGGGGCCCAGGUGCCAGUGCCAAAGUGUGGCGGCAAUAUGUGAUAAACGGUUACACAUAUCACACAGCCGAUUACGGAGAGGGCCGACCAACAACGAACAGCGGGUUAUGUGUCCCGACCAUCGGUUAUGAUAACUCGGAAACCAGUUUUUUUGGUGUCCUGCAGGAGAUUCUGGAACUUGAGAUGCCUUCUUGUGCGAAAAAAUUGACAUGCGUUCUGUUCCGUUGCACAUGGGUCGACCCCACACGUGGCGUGCGCAAAAAUCCGAAGUAUAAUAUGAUUGACGUCAACCUCUCUCGUGUGUACCCAAAAAAUGAGCCUUUCAUACUCGCCCAACAAGCAGCGCAGAUUUAUUAUGCAGAAUAUCCUUCAACAAGGCGGACACAGAAUCCUUGGGUGUGUGCAUGUCCUGUCCGUCCGAACAAAAUAAAAUCACAAACUCAACACAAGGACGUUGAUCUAGAUGCUUUUCAGCAACAAUUUUUCCAACCUCCGCCUAUUGUUGAGACGGUCAACUAUAACCUCCAAUUAAGUGAUCCAAAUGGCGGACGUGUUGAAGUCAUGCCAGAAACGCACCUUCCGGACCCAACCAUUCCAUCUGAGCGCGAAAUUGAGGAAAUGUAUGUAGCACAACAAAAUGCUCAAUAUCAGGAAGAAGGUGAAUGGAUAGACGGUUCAGAUACAGAAGAAGAUACUGUAUAUGUAGAAAAUGACGAUUCUGAUAGCGAAUAAUUGUGCUGUUGUAAUUUCAAUUUUAUUGACUUCUAAUAUUUGUGCAGA